AGGUAGGUAUAUGUAUAAAAACUAAGUUGUUUUCUAUGGCGCUUAAGUCUUAUGACGUCGCAUUUCUAUUUAAACAUCAGUAAUAAUGACCUAAGUGCCAUCUAUAAAAAGAUUCAUAGAUAAUAUCAUACAUACAUUAAUAACACGAUUUACUAACAUAGGUAAUUAUUAGUUAUUACAAUAAUUAAUUAAUGUAAGUAAAUAUAGCCGACACGAAAGGCAAAAUCAAAACGCAACAUAAUUAUGAAUCAUCAGAAUUUUACGCGUCGCUGCCAAACCGUGCGCCGUGCGACGUUGCCGUACCGCGCCCGGUCGCCCGGCUGACGGCCCGGCUAGUGCCUUACCGUCGACCGACGCAUCAUUACGUUUUGUUUACAUUGAAAAACCAUUUAAAACGAGCAUAUUUGUUGCAAAAUAUUUGUAAAAUAAACUUUUAAAUGGUUGAAAGUGAUUAAUUUUGGGUUUAAAAGUGUUUUUGUCGUGUAUUUGUUGGUACGGUAGCCAUUUUGAAAUCGGACGCGAUCAAAAUCGGUUCACGAUGACUGACUUCGAACCCAUAUCCUUCACGUACAAGAAUACGAAGAAGCUAAUAGAACUAGUCCAAGCGCGCCCUUGUCUAUGGGACAGACAAGCCCCCGACUAUAAGGACAGAUUAGCAAGAGACAGGGCCUGGGGACAGAUAUUUGAGGAGUUGGACCCGCAGUUUAAGGAAUGCAGUGCUACCACUAAACACGAUAUAGGUACAACAAUAACGAAGAAAUGGUACAACAUCAGGGACUCGUACGUGAAGUCGUUGAAGCCGGACUACCUCGGGCGUCGGAACCGGCCGUACAUACAUGCGGAACUGCUGCGGUUCUUGGACGAUUGCUACAUUGAAAAACUCAACACCAGCUUUCUGAACAAAAGAAGAAAUCAAGAGGGGGAUUUCGAUGAACUGGAAACCGAAGAACCAGAAGAAACAGAACCAUGGGAACAGAAAGUAUUCGUCACUUUAGACGAAGAACCAGCACAGAAGAGAGCAAGAACAGAAUACAGCCCAGACCAAAGAGAAAAUAAUAAAACAAAUGAAGAAGAUAUCAUAUCUAUCCUUUCUAAUCUAAUACAAAAAGAAGAAGACGAAGAUAGAGCGUUUUUCAAAUCGAUAACACCUUCAGUUAAAAAAUUGUCUGAGAGUUCGAAAUUUGAGUUUAGAAUUGAAGUUUUGAAGUUGAUAAAGAAUUUAAGGGCCAAAGAUAAGGGUGAGACCAAAAUUGAGGAAUCAAAUAAUGAUAGUGCAAGUGAUAGUGAAUAAAUAAAUAAUAAUAUAUCUUUGUCAAUUCAA